AGCAGAACUCCGGGGGCUCCGGGAUCAUCCCUGGAAUUCGGGAUCCCGGGAAAGCCGAGCCUUGGAUGAGGAUUUUUUGGGAAGAGGAGGGAAGCCAGGUUGUAUCCCAAAAAAAAACCCGGGAUUUGCGCAUCCGGAGGGGUUUGGAUCACCGCACACCCCAAAAUUCCAGCCCGGGGAGGGAGUCGGAACCAAAAUUCCUUCAUUUUUUUGGGAUAACCCCCCCAAAAUUCCUCGUCCGAGGGGAGCGCAGCGCUCCGGGAGUUCUGGGGUUAUCCCUGGAAUUCGGGAUCCCGGGAGAAGCGGAGCCUCUGCUCGCUCCUUAUCAGCGCCGAGCCCAAACAAUUCCCUGGGCUCGCGGCUCCGCGGCUCCCGCCGGGACAAACAAUUCCCAAAAACCCGCUCAUCCCGACCCCUCGCCCCCGGGAAAUGACGGGAACGCUCUCAGGGGCGCCCUUGGCAUUCCAGCGGGGGGAGCCGGGCUCCUUCCCGGCGGGAUAAAAGCCGGGCGGACGCUCGGCUCCGGGAAUCCCGAGGCUUUUCCGCGAUGCGCUCCCAGCUCCGCCUGCUCCUGGCGCUGCUGUGCGCGGCCCCCGCGGCCCCGGCGCCGCCCCCCUGGGAGCCGGCAUGGAGCGAUCCCAAGCCCGGGAUGUGGGGGGGGGACGAGCAGCCGCAUUCCCGGCCCCGCUCCCGGCCGCAGGUGCCGGUGGAAGUGCAGUGCCAGGAGGCGCAGCUGGUGGUCACCGUGCACCGGGAUCUCUUCGGGAACGGCCGCCUGGUCAGCGCGGCCGAGCUCAGCCUGGGCCCCGCCGCCUGCCGCCAUUCCCGCCUGGAUCCAUCCCAGAAAACCGUCACCUUCAGCGCCGGCCUGCACGAGUGCGGCAGCACCGUCCAGGCGGGACAACGUCUCCAGCGGCUCCAUCCGUCCCACCUGGGCUCCCUUUAACUCGGCGCUGGCCUCGCAGGAGAAGCUCCUGUUCUCCCUGCGCCUCAUGAACGAGGACUGGAGCUCGGAGCGGGACCUCUCGGCGUUCCGCCUGGGGGACGUGCUGAACAUCCAGGCCGAGGUGGGCGCGCACAGCCACGUCCCGCUGCGCCUCUUCGUCGACUCCUGCGUGGCCAGCCUGGGCCCCGGCGCGGGCAGCGAGCCCCACUACGCCAUCAUCGACUUCAACGGGUGCCUGGUGGACGGGCGCUCGGAUGCCACCAGCUCGGCCUUUGUCACCCCCCGGCCGCGGCAGGACGUGCUGCGCUUCCAGAUCGACGCCUUCCGCUUCGCCGGCGACCCCCGCAGCCUGAUCUACAUCACGUGUCACCUGAAGGUGACUCCGGCCGAGCAGAGCCCGGACGCGCUGAACAAGGCCUGCUCCUUCAGCAAGGCGCGCAACACCUGGGCGCCCGUGGAGGGGACAAGGGACAUCUGCAGCUGCUGCGAGCGGGGCACCUGCGGCCAGCGCGGGGCACCUGCGGAGCGCUGGGACGGCCACCGCUACCGGAGACACGACGGGCACGGUGCCACCUCCGAAGCUGACGUUGUCAUCGGUCCCGUGCUGCUCUCGAGUGCCCAGCGUGGCCAGCGCCCCGAGGGCCACCAGGGCGCGGUGACACCGCUGGCCGUGGGGACAGCGCUGGCCUGCGCGGUGGCCGGCGUGGCCGUGGCCGGAGCCGCGCUGGCCAUCGGCCUCCGGCGCCGGAAUUCCCCAUGAACCCGGAAUGACCGACAGAAAUCCCUAUAAAUCCCGGAAUGACCGAUGGAAAUCCCAUAAACCCGGAAUGACCGACGGAAAUCCCAUAAA